AUGAGUUAUGAUCUAGAAGAAUCGCCGCUUGGGACUUUCUUACAAAUCGAGUUACCAUUGUGGAAAUCCAGAUUAGGGUUGUUAUUGGACAUAAGUCCAGUUUAUUGGACUGUUGGUCCAUUCAAUUCUGACUCGUCAGUUUUGGGGACUACUAAGACCAAGCCUAAAGACAAGCAAGGUGAACAUGAAGGGUUUAUAUACAUGAAGGAUGUUCUGCAGCCAAGGCAGAACGCGUGGAAUGAAUUUCCUUUAAUAUCAGAAAGGACAAUGUCAUUGAGAUUAUUAACAAGACUUGCACAAUCUCAAUGGUCAAUAACAUGA